GGGCCGCCCAGUCACGUGCCGCCGGCGCCGCGCGCACCGGGAGCGGACCGGAGCAUGGCAGCGCUGGCGGCCGCGUCCCCCGGCGGGGAUGAGGCUCUGGAGGAGGACGAGGAUGAGCUGGAGCCGGGGCUGGACGAGGCGGAGGCCGAAGCGGAGGCCGGGAGCGGGGCGAAGCCGGCGGGGGGGUCCCGGGGGGCCGUGCUCACCCGGCGCGGCAUCACCCUGCGCGUCCUGCUCCGUGACGGGCUCCUGGAGCCGGCCCGCGGCGUCCUCUCCAUCUACUACCUGGGCAAGAAGUUCGUGGGGGACCUGGGUGCCGACGGGACCAUCACGUGGCAGGAGACCGGGCAGGUCUUCAACUCGCCCAGCGCCUGGGCCACGCACUGCAAGCGCCUGGUGAACCCUGCCAAGAAGUCCGGCUGCGGCUGGGCCUCCGUGCGCUACAAGGGCCAGAAGCUGGACCAGUACAAAGCCGCGUGGCUGCGGCAGCACCAGCCCAACGCGCCGCCCGCCGACGAGGUGCGUUGGGAGGGAGCCCCUUUGGGUGCCUCCCCGGGGUGCGGGGGUGCAGUGGGGCCAGCCCGGUGCUGCCCGCAGAGCCUGGCCAGCGAGGGCGAGGAUGAGGAGGUGCCGGAGGAGGAAGAGGAGGAGGCGGCGCGCGAGGGCCGGGCGCCGGUGCCGGAGCCGGUGGCUGCCAAGAAGCCGGAGGAGAGGAGCAAGAAGCAGCAGAGCAAGAGUGUGGCGGAGCCGGCGGGGACGGAGCACGGAGCCCCGGCCAAGAGGAUGGAGGGCAAAGCCCGUGCGCCCGUGCGGUACUGCAGCCUGGGCACCCGCGACUCCGCCAGGAACCCGCAGACCCUGGUGGAGGUGACGUCCUUCGCCGCCAUCAACAAGUUCCAACCCUUCAACGUGGCCAUUUCCAGCAACGUCCUCCUGCUCCUGGAUUUCCACAGCCACCUGACGCGGAGCGAAGUCGUGGGUUACCUGGGCGGGCGCUGGGACACCAACACUCAAUUGCUGACGGUGCUGCGAGCCUUCCCCUGCCGGACCCGCCUGGGCGAUGCCGAGGCCGCCGGUGCUGUGGAGGAGGAGAUCUGUCAGAGCCUGUUCCUGCGGGGGCUGUCGCUGGUGGGGUGGUACCACAGCCACCCCUUCGGCCCCGCGCUGCCCUCGCUGCACGACAUCGAUGCGCAGAUGGACUACCAGCUCAAGCUGCAGGGCAGCGGCAACAGCUUCCAGCCCUGCCUGGCCCUCAUCUGCGGACCCUACUACCAUGGGAACCCCGGCGUGGAGUCCAAAAUCGCACCCUUCUGGGUGAUGCCACCCCCCGAGCAACGGCCCAAUGACUACGGCAUCCCCAUGGACGUGGAGGUUGCCUAUAUCCAGGACGGCUUCCUCACCAACGAUGUCCUGCAGGAGAUGACGCUGCUCGUGGACUUUUACAAGGGAGCCCCCGACCUGGUGAAGUUCCAGGAGCUCUGGAGCCAGGAUCAGACCUACCUGGACAAGCUGAAGGGCUCGCUGGCCUCCCGCACCCCCAAGGACCAGAGCUUCAGCCACGUCCUGGAGCAGAUCUUCAGCCUCCUCAAGCUCAGCGGCUGAGGGACCAGGAGCGCCCUCGACUCGGAGCAGGCGCCGGGCGCAGCUCGGCUCAGCAGCCCCCAGCCCGUGGGGCGCAUCCAGACCCGGUGCGGGGCAGCGCCCACCCUGGGGGGCUCAGCGGGGGGGGUCCCAGCACCCCGCUCGCUCCUGCGCUGCCCUGGAGGUGCCGUGGUGGUGGUGGGAGCCGUGGCUGUCGUUGUGUGUGGAAGUGGUAGUUGAUUAAAGAGCAGUUCCUGAGA